UUAACUGAAACUCAAUAUCAACUAUAGAUUUUCAGGAAUCCCUAUUUCUGCAAGCUCUGGUCAACAAAACAAUCCAGUAAUACCCCUCUCUACCUCUAUAUAAGACCUCCAAAGCAAAGAUGCUUUUGCCAAAAACAUCAAACUCUUCCAUUCAUUCACACUUGUAGUAAACUCUAAGACUUCUUGCCACUGUUUCCUACGUAGAAAAGUGAUAAACUUAAUCAUAAUUAUCUACUUCGCUACAUAAAGAUGGAGCUGCCAAAGGAAGCAGAAACAAGAGAAGUUGAUGGAGAGAAAUGGGUUUAUGAUUCUUCUUUGGAUCAUAAAGGAAGGGUUCCUCUCCGGGCUCGCACUGGUGUUUGGAAAGCAUCUCUGUUUAUCAUCGCAAUUGAAUUUAGUGAGAGGCUUAGCUACUUUGGGAUAGCAACUAGUUUAAUCAUUUAUCUGACAAAAGUGAUUCAUCAAGAUCUUAAGACGGCUGCAAAGAGUGUCAACUACUGGUCUGGUGUCACUACUUUGAUGCCUCUUUUUGGAGGAUUUCUUGCUGAUGCUUACUGGGGCCGAUACUCAACUGUUUUGGUUUCAUCUAUAAUCUAUCUUACGGGUUUGAUUCUGUUGACAAUGUCCCAAUUUGUUCCAAGUCUAAAGGCUUGUGAUGCAACUGAUGAGUGUGGUCAAGCCAGAAAGAUACAUGAAGUGGUAUUCUUCCUUGCCAUUUAUUUGGUCUCCAUAGGGACUGGAGGACAUAAACCUUCCCUCGAGAGUUUCGGAGCAGAUCAAUUUGACGAUGAUCACUGCGAGGAAAGAAAGAAAAAGAUGUCAUUUUUUAACUGGUGGAACUUUGGACUUUGCAGUGGACUUCUCCUUGGUGUGACAGUAAUUGUUUACACACAAGACCAUGUCAGUUGGGGUGUUGCAUAUAUUAUUCUUGCACUUGUUAUGGCGAUAUCACUAGCCAUCUUCAUUAUUGGAAGACCAUUUUACCGAUAUCGAGCAACAUCAGGCAGCCCUUUGACGCCAAUGUUGAAGGUUCUUGUAGCUGCCAUAAGAAAGAGAAAGCUGCCUUAUCCCUCAAAUCUGGCUCAUUUAUAUCAGCUCUCCAAGUCACAGAUGGGCCGAGGGAGGCUUCUCGGCCAUACUCAGAAGCAUAGGUUUCUUGACAAAGCGGCUAUUCUUGAAGGCACAGAAAAUUCUGCUGAAAAGCAAAGCCCUUGGAGACUAGCAACAGUGACUGAGGUAGAGGAAUUGAAGUUAAUUAUCAACAUGAUCCCAAUAUGGUUAGCGACAUUACCAUUCGGGAUCUGUGUAGCACAAACAUCAACAUUCUUUAUUAAGCAAGGCACCAUGUUGAACAGAAAAAUCGGUAACGGUUUCGAGAUUCCUUCAGCUUCUAUUUUCGCACUCGGUGCUGUUGGAAUGAUAAUCUCCGUAACAAUUUAUGAGAAGAUCUUGAUACCAACAGUAAGAAAGGCAACAGCAAAUGAACGAGGCAUUACAAUACUUCAAAGAAUUGGUAUUGGAAUGGGUUUCUCCAUUGCUACAAUGGUAGUUGCAGCAUUGGUUGAGAAAAAGAGGCUGGAUGUUGUGGAGCAGAACCCAUUAAAGGGUUCACUCUCAAUGAGUGUGUUUUGGUUGGCUCCACAAUUUGUCAUCAUGGGCAUUGGAGAUGGGUUUGCAUUAGUGGGAUUGCAGGAAUAUUUUUAUGAUCAAGUUCCUGAUUCAAUGAGGAGUUUGGGCAUUGCCUUUUACCUUAGCGUCAAUGGAGCUGCAAACUUCCUUAGUAGUCUCCUGAUAACAGUAGUCGAUGAUGUCACAGAGAGAAAUGGGAAGAGUUGGUUUGGCAAGGACCUAAAUACUAGCCGCUUGGACAAUUUUUAUUGGCUUUUGGCAGCCAUGGCUGCUGCGAACUUGAUCAUCUAUGUGUUCUUGGCUCGCCGAUAUUCAUAUAAAAAUGUGCAGGGAGGUGUGGUUGUAGCUGAUUGCCCUGAACAUAAUAUUGGAGGUGACUCAAUGGCUUAAAAUACUGCCAAAGAUUACCCUAAUUAAUCCUUAUACGUAACCAUUAUAUUAAUGUUGUAGCAUGUAUAAUGUUACUUGAAUAUUUGUAGCAAGUAGUUCUGCGGUUUUUAUUUUAAUUAGAUUUUGAUUAGUCUUUUUCUUUUUCUUUUGAUAUGUUUUAAUGUAAUUAUCAUUUUAUUAAUAAAGGUAAAUAAAAGACUUUAAAUUAUAUAGU